AUGGGGUUGAAUCAAGAGAUUAAACAUAAAGGUCAAUUCGAAAUACUAAACAUAAACAAUGAACAGCAGAAAGGAUCUUAUUUAUGUCACUUACCACAUAACCAGCAAGUGAAUAUUACAAUUCCAGAAUCUAAAAUUCCUCCCGAUGAAUUAAAGAAUAAAGCAAUUCAAAUCAUUUAUAAUUCAUUUAUUAACCAGAAUUGUACAUUUUCGUACAAUUUACAUGCUGGAUAUUGGACAAUUGGCUAUUGCUUUGGUGAUAAAGUAAUUCAAUUCCAUGAAGAUUUACAAAGUUUUGUCAGUGGUGAUCAUAAACCUCAUUUACCUAAGCAUAUUUAUACACUCGGAAGAUUUGAAGGAACUGAGAAAUUGAAUAAACGUGUUUUACCCGAACAUCAAACAAAAGGUCAUGAUGUUCAUCUAGAUCCUAAUGAUUUUAUUGUAUUUGAAGGUCCAUUUAGUUUUUUUAGUAAUUCAGAACCAGAGUCUGAAGCUAAAUUCCGGAAACUUAUAAAACAUACUUUAUUUAGUGGGGAAAUCUGUGAUGUUACAAGAAAACCUAGAACCAUUGAUAUUGUUUAUAAAUGUGACCAAUUCCAAAGAGGAGUUAAUAUACUUGAAAUCCAUGAAAUUAAAACAUGUGAAUAUCAAAUGAUUAUCAAUGUUCCUGGUUUAUGUGCAUUAGAUGAAUUCAAGUCAAGCAAUACUACGGAGAAUAUAGUUGAUAUUCAAUGUAAAAAUAUCGAUGAAACUAAUUUGGCAAGUGCUGACGUUAAAUACGAAGACUUUUUCCAGUACCUUGACAAGAUCCCAAGUAAAGAACCUGACUUUCCUCAACCAGGAGUUAAAAUAAACGUGAAUGAAUACACUUUCUAUCCAAUAGGAAAUGGGUUCUUUUUGGGAUAUAAGCAUAUAAAUUCGGGAGACUUAUAUUGGGAUCAAAGACAUAUUUUCCUCUAUAGUGGUACAGCUGAGAAUCUCACCACUCUCGAGAAAGAUUUUGGAACAACAUACUAUAAAGCAUUAGAGUCAAAGAUACCGUCACCAAUAUAUUUCACAUCAAAUACUGCAUCUGCAUUACAAUCGACAGAUGCAUUUGUGGCUUGGUAUGAGCUUUAUGAUUACAAAGGUGAUUUUAUUGCCUUGUUGAAAGUGUCUAGAGAUGGAUCCGAAAGAAACCGCCGCAAGAUCCUGGUAGAUUUAGUUGAUACUAAGACAUGGAAGGAUCUAGAAGGAAAAGAACACGAGCAUGGUCUUCAUGAAAUUUUGGCAAACAGAUUUACUGAAUAUAAUUGGAAUUUUGUAGAGUUUGAAAGACUUGAACCUGGAAAAGCUCCCAAAAAAGGGCAUAAGAAUAAGAAGAAAUCAAGUAAAUCCAAAAGCAAAGAUAUUAAGACCGCUGCUGUGACUGUGACUGAUCUGAAAGAUCCCAAAGAUGAUGCUGCUAAAUCAAAUAGUUCAAAGAUAAAGGAAACUGUCACUGCAACUGUUACUGUAACCGACAUGAAGCAAGACAUGGGGAAUGAUGGAUUUAAGAAUAAAGGCACCGAGCAACAAGUACUACAACACCCAGAAGCGACACAGGCUGUUCCCACCCCCGACUCCGAACAUAAGGUGUCCGACGAUGAAGCGGCAGACCGUAGGCGUCAAUUCAAUGAUAUGGUUCAACAAGCUAUUCUAGAUAGAAGAGACGGCAUACCAGCUAAUGAACUUGAACUCCUUGAUGAGGUUAUAGAGGAACUCCAUGAAGCGAACAGGGCAGGUAAAGACUUUGAUCUUUUAGAUGCGAUUAUGAGUACCAUCGGCGAACACUUGGCUCGGGACCGACAACAAACUCUUCAAUCGGAAACCGACACCAUUCUCGAUAGUGAAAAUACUUCUGAAGCAGACGUCUCUAUCAAAUCCGAGGAGAGCGUGAAGUCCGAUGUAAACGAACAAGUGAAUCAUGACGAGUUGUAG